UUCCUCAGUAUAUUCCGCCAUCCCAAAAAUCCGGCAAUGGCAACAACAGCACCAGCGAGACCUUUCUCAACUCAUCUCCACGCCCUAUCAUCUCGCAAUUUCCUAAACGGCACCGGUUUCACUCAUCAUCAGGAGAGCAAGAUCAAGAUCAAGACCAAGAACACUACUACGCUCUCAUUAAAAAGCACAAGUUUUCAGCCAAUUGCGGCAUUGCCUUUCGAUCUCUCGCCUCCACCAAUUGAUCACGACCUCCUAGACACAAUGAAGAUUGCAGGGGCAGAGGUUUCGGAAAAUGGGAUUGUUGAAACAUUUGGCAAUGAUGAUGAAGCUCUGGAUGCAGUUGAAAAUGGCGUUGCAGUGGUGGAUCUUUCACAUUUUGGAAGGAUAAGAGUUAGUGGAGAUGAUCGUAUUCAGUUUCUUCACAAUCAAAGCACUGCAAAUUUUGAAAAUCUUCAAGAAGGACAAGGAUGUGACACUGUUUUUAUUACCCCAACUGCUCGGACAAUAGAUAUUGCUCACGCUUGGUUCAUGAAAAAUUCUAUCAUGUUGGUGGUCUCGCCACUGACCUGUGGAAGCAUGAGUGAAAUGCUCAAUAAGUUCAUAUUUUUUGCUGACAAGGUGGAAAUUCAAGACAUCACCAAGCAAACUUCCUUAUGCAUUCUAUUGGGACCUAAAAGCAACACAGUAAUGAGCAGUUUGAACCUCAGUGAUCUUGUUGGACAGGCAUAUGGCACACAUCGACAUUAUAGUGUCAAUGGCACGCCAAUAACUGUUGCUGUGGGAAAUGUCAUUUCUGCAGAAGGAUUUUCUCUGUUGAUGUCACCGGCCAUUGCUGGAUCAAUUUGGCGGUCUCUUUUAUCUCUAGGUGCUAUUCCGAUGGGUUCUAAUGCCUGGGAAAGACUAAGGGUUAUUCAAGGGAGGCCAGCACCUGGAAAGGAGCUUACUAAUGAAUUCAAUGUUCUGGAGGCUGGUCUCUGGAACUCAAUAUCUCUAAACAAAGGAUGUUAUAAGGGACAAGAGACCAUUUCUAGGCUCAUAACAUAUGAUGGAGUUAAGCAGAGAUUAUGGGGAAUUCGCCUCUCAGCGCUCGUAGAGCCUGGCAGCGCAAUAACGGUUGAUGGGAAAAAGGUGGGGAAACUGACAAGCUAUACAUCCGGAAGAAAAGAGUCUGAUCAUUUUGGUUUAGGCUACAUUAAGAAGCAAGUUGCUUUAGGAGACACUGUCAUUGUGGGAGAGAACAUUGUUGGGACAGUGGUCGAAGUUCCUUUUCUUUCUCAGUAGCAUCCCCCAAUGAAAAACAUGACUCCUUGACGUUCGCAAUCUUAUUUAGGAGUAUACAUGAGACAAUCCGAUGGACCUAGUAUCUCCAAGUGGUAUAUGCAUAAGACAGGAAAUGGGAAAAAGGGGUAAAUCAUGUGGGGACAGGUGGCUUGGUAGUUGUUAGAAUCCUAGUGUCAGAAUAAAAGAGAGAAAAGUAGGGUAAGGGAUAUCUUUUGAUUUUGUGUGUGAAUUGUGUCUGGGAUGUGCUGGCCCUUGAAGACCAGUUGGUGUUACUGUUUUAUCCAAAUGAAUGCUAUCAUCCAUAUUUUCUUAUUAAUCUCAGUUUUAUUA